AAGGAGGCAGCAGGGGACGGUGAGUGGGACAGCUGCUCGCGAUGAAUGCACAGCUGAUCCUCAGGCAGUUCCCCAAUCACAUCAUGUUCCGCACCCUCCACUACUCCCUCAUGGCCGAGCAGCUGCGGGAGGAGAUCGAGUCGCGGAGCGGGCCCAAGGGGAAGCGCAGAAGCUGCCUCGAGUGGGAGCCCUUUGCCCUGUGGCUGACCAACACGAUGCUCGUCUACGCGGGCGACAUCCUGGGCAACCUUCUGCUCGGCAAUCUGCCCCUGGAGCCGCUCUGCAACAGCGCCGACGUGCUCCUCAGCUCCUGCAUGUGGUACCUCAUCUUUUAUUGCCCCUUCGAUUUGGGUCACUCGGUGGCACGGACCGUGUUCUUUCGCAUCCUGGCCACGACCAUGUCGACCAUCAGCCAGGUGCAGCUCAUCGACAAGGGCGUCACUCUGGCCGGGAACAUCUAUGGCAAUGCCCCAGUGGCCAUGCUGGUCGUGGGCACCAUCAUGGGCAGUGGGGCAGAGCUCCUAAAGCCCGUGGCCGCGCUCCUCAUCAAUCGCUGCCAGCACAAUCAGAUGGCGCGCCUAAAGCUGACCAUUAACUCCAAGCUGGCGCUGGUCAUCUCCAGCCUCUUUGCCCUGCACAUCCACCAGAGUCCCCUGCUGUGCGGACUGACGCAGAACCAGCUGCAGGUCUACACUUUGGUGCUGGUAAACAGCUACAAAUACCUGUCCCUGGCCUACCGCACGGAGCACUUUGUGUGGCUGAUGGAGACCCGCGUGCGCUACACCUUCUUCGGCGGCCUCACGGCGGACUUGAGCAAGUUUUUUGAACGCCUUCUAAAGCCUGGCAAAAGGCGGAGGGAAACGUUUUCAAAAUUUGAUUUAAACCGUCGACGAUGGCGCUGAGAGAAUGUGCCACCAGAUGAAGCACUGAAGCUCUGUCCUCUCUGCUGGGACUGGGGCUACCGGGUGGAGGAGCCGGUAAGCGGCUUAGCCUUCCUCCCUGCCACUCGCCGCUCGCCACUCGCCACUUGCCACUUGCCACUCAGCCAAGCGAUGGAGACGCGACACGAGGCAGCAUGCUUUCCGCUUGAUCGGGUUACGCGUGGCAUGGGGCACAUGCUAAUCAGCUUAGGGGAGCAUCCACUCUCUGUACAGGGGGGAGCAGAGCGAAAUAUACUCCUCCAACCUA